AUGCCAGGAACUACUGACGAGGAUCUGUGCCAGGCAGUGCUAGGCUUCGUCGCCGGAGGCACGUACCCUGACGAGAACGUAGUUGCGGGCAAGUUCCCAGCAGCUGCUCUCGCAAGGGAAUUAGAGCUUAUAUCGAAAGCCCGUGAGCAGGUUGAGAAUGAGAUUAGCUCCUUGAGUCGCGAGAACACCUUCGAUGCCGAUGAUUGGAUUAUCCAAGCGAAACAGCUUCACGCCGAUAUUGAACGAUCAAGGUUGACUGCACGAGAGAUCGUCGCGCAGCAUGAACAUACCGAACCCCUACAGGCGAAGGUGGAUGAUGCGAAGGCCAAAGUCGCAUUGGUGGAGACGGAGAUUGCCUUCAAUGAGGCCGUAGCAGGAACGCUGGAGGAGAUGCAGCGCCUGUGCCAGCAGCUGGAAACCGGCCGAGUAGCUCUACGAAAUGGCCAGAUUACCACUGCUAUUGAACACUUGGAGUCUACCCACGCAGCUGUGGGAAAGGAUGCCUUCUUUACCAAUACGAAUGUGAUGGGGAUACUAUCCGAAGAGGUGUCACUCCUGCGGUCGGAGAUUGUUGAAGCACUUCAGAAACGCUGGGCUGAUCAAUUGAAGAUCGAUCGACCACGGGGGGAAUUCCAGGUCUCCGAAGCCGGCGAGGAAACCCUCGAGAACACGAUUGUGUCGCUUGCCCGACUGGAAAUCCUCACUUCUGCCAAUGAGAAGUUCCAGAAGGAAUUCUUUUCUGCGAUCAUCAACCCGAUAUUGCUUCCCCGUCCUGAUGGGACCAGCCAAGGUGUCGUGGUGACAAAGACGGGCAUUCAAAUUGAGCCCGAAGCGUCAACAGCAACGGCAUCGGAGACUUUGGAUCGCCUUUCCAGUGUCUUGGGAUAUUUGAAACAGACUCUCUCUGACUCGUUCAUCCCCAAGCUUUCUUCAAAGACAAUCUCGGAGUGGCUGUCCCGUGCAAUUCCCACUGAUCUAGAUGGCCUGGCCGAUUUCGAGAACAUUUUGGAUCAUGUCUUAGAAUUUACCCAGAGGAUUGAGUCCUGGGGUUGGACUGGCCAAGAAGAACUCGUCUCGUGGGUGAACCAAGCUCCACGUUUAUGGUUGACUCGACGUCGGGUCGACUCACUAGAUAGUGUCCGAAAGGUUCUUGCUGCUAGCCAAGGCACAACAAAGAAGGUCGAGCGAAUUGAAAAGGAAAAGGUCUCCCAGGCCGACGGUGCUCUGUUGGAAAAUGCCAUUCAUGAUGACUGGGACGCAGAUUGGGACGACGACAAAGAAGAUAGUACUCCUGAGAAAUUAGAAGCACCGAAAUCCGAGGACGAAGAGGAAGACGUUAGUGCUUGGGGUCUCGAUGAUGGCGAGACCGAAGAGACUCAAAAGGAUGCUACACCAGAUUUGACUGCUCCUACGGAGGAGGAUGAUGCCGACGAUGCUUGGGGCUGGGGUGACGAUGAUGAUGAUGGCCAGAAACCCGAUGGUGCACCAUCAAAUUCCCAGAAAACUGCAACAGCAAACCCAACAAACAAGAAAAAUGUAGCUGGAAUUGCAUCGCCCAAAGAAGUUACUCUGAAAGAAGUCUUCACAAUCACUGAUAUACCUGAGUCGGUUCUCCAGGUCGUUCAGCAGCAAAUUGCUGAUUCAAAGGAUAUCUCGCAGCCUGCACAUGCCAAAUCCCGCGUCGCUUCUUCUGGCGCUGGUCUUCUUGCACUGCCAACCUUGAUCCUCGCCAUGUUCAAAGCUACAUCAUCAACAUUCUACUCGCUGAAACUCAGUUCAGGGCAGAUGUAUCUUUACAACGACAGUCUCUACCUUGCUGAUGAGAUUCGGAAACUCGUUGAGGAACAUAGUCUUUCCAGACUUGAACCCGAUGUUGAAGCUCUGGAGAGAUUCGGCAAGCUUGCCUAUAGCAAAGAGAUGCAAACCCAGCGUACAAUUGUCACUGACCUGCUCGAUGGAGCUCAAGGGUUCGGACAAUGCUCCGAGCAGCCAUUCCAAUCAGACUGCGAGAAUUCCGUCAGCGCAACUGUUGACAGAAUUCGCGACGUUUACAAGGAAUGGCAGCCGAUCCUGUCUCACUCCGCGCUACUCCAGUCUGUCGGUUCCCUUUUGUCUACAGUGAUCAUUGAUGUCGAAGAUCUGGGUGACAUCUCGGAAGAUCAGUCGAAGCAACUGGUCUCUUUCUGUAAUCGAAUCUCCAAGUUGGAGGACCUCUUCCUGCCGGAGAAUGGUGACGCAGAGGCUUUGCCUGUUACUGCCAUCUAUGUUCCGAGCUGGCUUCGUUUCCAAUACUUGGUCAACAUCUUGGAAAGCUCUCUCGCUGAUAUCAAGUUUCUUUGGCUCGAAGGUGAAUUGGGCUUGGAGUUCUCUGUUGAGGAGGUGAUUGACCUGAUUGAGGCAUUGUUUGCGGAGUCUGACUACCGGCGGCACUUAAACACAGCUGCGGCUGAGUCUGCGCAGAGACAAGUCCGAGUGCAGCUUACCAGCCAGCAGGAGGAUAUUGCUCUGCCUGAAAGCACCGGCCCAAUUCUUGUUCCCACUGGUCUUCGCCGAUAUGCGCUGUCGACACUGGUAAACAACCUUCUCUCGAGCGAAAAGCCAAUCCCAUUCGAGUUUUUGAUCAAUGGUCAAUUUUUGCGGACCUCCAUCGAUGAAUAUCUGGUUUCCAAUGGUAUCUCUUCUGAGACAACUCUUGAGAUUGAAUAUGUUCGAGCUUUGAUUCCCCCUCUGCAUAUCGCAUCAUUCCAACAUGAUGAUUGGGUCAGUGCUACGGAUGUGCUUUCCAAGACUUCACCUGCUGCAUCUUGGGCCUCAGGUGCGACUUUUACUCCAGGCCAAGAGCGAAUCUUGUCAGGAAGUUAUGACGGUCUACUUCGUAUCUGGAACAUGUCUUCUGAGACUAUUGCGACAUCUCCCGCUGCUGCCGAUGGAGGCCACACUGCGUCUAUCAGAGCCGCCAAGUUCGUUUCCCCGAACCAGAUUGCCUCGGCUGGUCUUGAUCGCACCGUCCGACUGUGGAAGUAUACCGAAGAAGAGGGCGGUUUCGCUGGAAAGAUCUCUCCCCAGCUGGAGCUGUACGGUCACAAGGCCGGAAUCGAGUCACUGGCCGUGCACGCCAAAUCCAAUCGUCUGUUGACUGGUUCGUCAGACCACACUGUUGGAUUCUGGUCAACCAAGAAGGCCGAUGCCCCGGCCGCCCCCGACAGCUUGCUGCCAUCCAGCCAUGCCCGCAACAGCAAGCGACGUAAGCUGAACACAUCCGUCAGCACACCACAGCGCGGUCCUCUGUCCCUGCUUUCAGGCCACACAGCACCCGUGUCUGCUGCUAUCUUCGAUGGAAAGGAUGCUACCGUCGGUUACUCCGCCUCAUGGGACCACUCGCUGCGUACCUGGGAUCUGGUUACUGGUUCUCUCGUCGACACUCGCACAACCUCACACUCGCUACUCUCCCUUGAGCACCUCCCCGAACUCAGCCUCCUGGCUGCUGGUACCGCCGCCCGCCACAUCACCUUGAUUGACCCCCGUGCAUCUGCCACCACUGUGGCCGCCAUGACUCUCCGAGGCCACACCAACGCAGUUGUGAGCUUGGCUCGUGACCCGCACAGCGAAUACGGUCUCAUUAGCGGUAGCCACGAUGGUACAUGUCGCAUCUGGGAUAUUCGGUCGACAAAGACCGACAAGGAAGGUGUUGUUGGUGAGAGCGUUUACUCGAUUACCCGGAAGAGCCUCGAGGAGGAGGGCAAGUCCGAUAGCAAGCGUGUUGGCGGUGAAGGUGUCAAGGUGUUCAGCGUGUGCUGGGACCAGACGGUUGGCAUUGUCAGCGCGGGUGAGGACAAGCGGAUUCAAAUCAACCGCGGCGAAGGCGUGCUGUCUUCGAAGGCAUGA